CCCCUCCUCCUCCUCCUCCCCCUCCUCCAUUCCUCCUUCACGCGUCACUGUGUCGUUAGACAGGACCGUUAUAAAUGGCUCUGCACACACUUCUGAAGCACGCCAAAGGGAUUUACAGAGCUUCAGCAAGAUACAAAGGAGGGAAAAGUCUACACAGAGAAAACUACCUUUCACUGAAUCAGGAUGUCUAAGCUUGCAGAGAGAACCCUUUUCAUUUUCUACAUUUCAACACAGAUUUGCUCCCAGAUCUUGGCGCAGGUGUGUCAGACCAGGUGCCUCUGUCCGCAGGAGCCUCCGCUGUGCGCCCCCGGGGUCCAGUUGAUUCUGGAUGACUGCGCAUGCUGUCUGGUCUGUGCAAGGCAGAAAGGAGAGGUAUGCUCGGAAAUAAGUCCCUGUGAUACACACAGGGGUCUGAACUGCGACUACACGGCCGAUGUACACCAGAGGACAGGUGUCUGUGUCGCACAUGAGGGAGACAUCUGCCUGUUGGACGGUUCAGUGUACCAGAACGGAGAGACCUUCUUCCCUAGCUGCAAGUAUCAGUGCACCUGCAGGGACGGUCAGAUCGCCUGCGUGCCGCGCUGCAACCUGGACGUGAUGCUGCCGGGCCCAGACUGCCCUCUACCCAGGAAGGUGGCGGUCCCAGGGGAGUGCUGUGAGAAGUGGGUAUGUGAGCCCCAACCAGAGGCCAGUGCCUUGGGAAGCUUCGCCAUGGCUGCCUACAGACAGGAGGAGACAGUGGGGUUUGACUCGUGGGACCCCAGUACUAACUGCAUAGAGCAGACUACGGAGUGGGGCGCCUGCUCUCGGACCUGUGGCAUGAGCAUCUCCACCCGGGUCACCAACAAGAACCCCCGCUGUGAGAUGGUCAAGCAGACGCGUCUGUGCAUCGUCAGGCCCUGCGACAAACAGCAGCAGGAUGUUCCUAAGAGAGGAAGCAAGUGCCUGAGGAUGAGGAAGGCGGUGAAACCCGUCCGGUUCAGCUAUAAGAACUGCACCAGUGUGCUGACCUACAAGCCCCGGUACUGUGGUGUGUGUACGGACGGGCGUUGCUGCACCCCCCACAGCACCGAGACAGUGCAGGUGCAGUUCCAAUGUGCUCAGGGUGAAGCCAUCAAGAAACCCGUUAUGUUCAUCAACACCUGCGCCUGCCACUACCACUGUCCCAGAGACAACGUCGUGUAUCGACCAUCAGACCUGAUCUACAGCGGUUACAGGUUAUAACGCUGUUACCACAGACACAACGACAGUUUCUCCUAUUCCUCCGUGACAGUAGUAUUGUACUGUACUGUAGUCGGGUGACUCUAUAUGUUCGUGACUCUAAAUGUUCUUGACAACAUCUUCCUGAAGGUGUAUGGUUGGUCUCAUGAGGGAGAAUCUCAAUUGUAUACUUAUCGCGUUCCUCUCUCGUCGCCUCCUUCUCAAAACCCAUUGGAUGAGAAAGCCAGAUGUCCCUCCCAUCUGACAUUCUCCUCCAAUGGGUUUUGAGAAGGAGGCGAGGAGAGAGGGUGCGAAGAGAGAGGACGCGAGGAGUAUGCAAUUGAGAUUCUCACAGUCAGCACUUAGCUACUUUUACAGAAUGGAUGAGCUUUCUGCAUCUGAUAUAACUGGAAACGUUGUGCUUUAGUGUAUCAUAACGACAGAGUUUUCCUUUUCUGCUUACUGCAAACGGCCUCAGUGAUCAUACACAGCUCAUGGGUCAGCUUUAAACAGACUCUGACUCAAACGGCCUCAGGAGAUCAUACACAGCUCCUGGGUCCGUUUUAGACAGCCUCUCACUGUUCCAGAGGUAUUUCCCGAAAUAGCGGUUAGGCUACCUACAAUCAUUUCAAGUGCAAUGUCUGCACGUCCAACAAUUCUCCAGCUGCACGUCACAAAAGAAAUGUCUGGUGAAAGCAACACCUGCUCACUGUUGUAUUUGUUCUGGUGAAAACCUGUGUUUCUAUCCCCCCCUCAUUCCUCUGACCUUUGACCUUGUAGAUGUUUGCAGACUCUUGCCCUCUCCCAGGCUCUCCAGUCAACCCGGUCUUGGCCCACACAACAGUCAUGUCGACAGCCAGGUCAAAAGGUUGUUCUUCAUAAUGUACUGUCGCUUUCAACAGCCAGCCUGUAAGUCUCCGAUCUUGGACCUCUAGCCCCGCCCCACUUACACGUCAGACCUGGGUCAAAUACAUGUGUCAAAACAGUGUGCAGGCUGUGGGUGGAGUUGGCAGUUUAUGAGACUAUUCCAUUGGUUGCAUUGUACAGGGCAAGCUAGGUCAAGUUAAGUCAAGCUAAGUUAAGUCAAGUUAAGUUAAGUCAAGCUAAGUCAAGUUAAG